UGGUAGGCCAUUUGAAACAAAACUGGCAAAACAAUCAAAGCAACGUUUUAAAUUGUGUGUUUUGUGUGUUAUAUAAAUACUUUUUGGUGUACCUCUAUCUAUAAAUUUUCAAUAUUUGUGUAAAGUUUCCAUUUUAUGUCCUGGCCUAACAAUGCAGCGACCGGGCUCAAAUAUUUCAUCAAACAUCAUGAGCCGUAUGUCGGUCUUUGAAAAUACUGCAUUGACCCAUAGUUUUGCUGAGGCUGAGAACUUAAGCGGCGAAGCCAUGAUGUCCAUGUCGAGUUCCCCACCGCCCACACCCACUGGGGUACAAACGGAUGCCGAGGGUCUGAUAUUACCCAAGAAGCUAAUAAAUCCCUGCAUGGAGAAUACAGAUCGCAAAGAGUUGCAUCGAGAAUUAAAGUUCAAUGCGCGCAUUGGCAAAUCGGUGUUGAAUCAAAAAUCAGAACUACAGCGUGCCUAUGACAAGCAAAAGGAACGUCAUGCAGCUGCCGAGCAUCAGCACCAUUCACCGGAUUCGGAAAUAGUUGGCGGCAUACCCAAUCUGAAAGGGGAAUUGGGUCGUGUGAUUUUGGAGCGGGCCCAGAAACAUGAGGCAGCUGCCCAGAAGCACGAUGCCGAGGAGGCUGAGGACCGACAAUAUGUGAAUCCCGAAUAUCUUAAUGUGCGGGCCAAAUUACGUGCAGCCACAGCGCAUGGGCCGAAUUAAUGCUCGACGAAAAAAGAGAUAAAACCAAAUUCCGUAUUCGGAUGUUAUCUAAAAAAAAAAAAAAACUCUAAAUUGACUUAACCAAAUUGUGUUGAAUUAAAAUAACGUUUUCUUUUUGUCACUUGA